AUGCCUGGAGGCACCAUCGUACGCGCCGCGUUUUUCGCUGUCGGUGCGCUUGUCGGUGGUGGUGUCGCCACCGCAGUCGCGGUAUCCAAACGUCAAGUCCCUGCAUCCACGCCUGCUAGCACGCCAUCUACUCAACCUGUCCUUGACGUAAAGGGAGGGAAUGUAACACAGAUCACCAGCCCGAGCCCAGUGACUGUGCUCCCGCCGGUGCUGAGGUACGGCAGUCCUGGUCCUGUAUCCGACCAGCUGGUACACGUCGCAUACGUUGCUGGCUAUGACCGUCGCCUACGACACCCAGCUUGGACAGCAGAACACUUGACACUCGCCUCGCUGGGAAAAUAUGUGCGGGAAGGCGCAUCUCCAGCCAGCGAAGCGGGCGACCGGUCGAACUCGCAAUUCAAGGAGGACCAGUCCAUCCCUGCGCUCUUCCGAGCGAAGCUGCAGGACUACUUCAAGAGCGGGUAUGAUCGCGGACACAUGGUCCCCGCCGCUGAUGCAAAAAUCUCCCAGGUUGCAAUGGACGAGACCUUUUUGCUCACAAACAUUGCACCACAAGUCGGAGCUGGUUUCAAUAGACAUUAUUGGGCAUACCUAGAGGAUUGGUGUCGGCGCCUGACGUCUUCCUUCGCUGAUGUCUACGUCUUCACCAUUCCCCUUUAUCUUCCCAAGCUAGAGUCUGACGGAAAAUGGCGGGUGAGCUAUGAGGUCAUCGGUUCGCCACCGAAUGUCUCUGUGCCCACGCACUUUGCCAAAGUGGUGUUGACAUCGAGACCAUCUUCACCAUCGACGCCCAAUGUGGUAGAAAUUUCCACAGGAGCCUUCGUAUUGCCGAAUGCGCCCAUUCCAGAUGAAGCGAAACUCGAGAACUUCGUCAUGCCAACAGUCGAAGCCGUCGAACGGGCAGCAGGACUCACGCUGUUCUCCGACGCGAUCAAGCAGAAUUCAAAACAUAUUUGCAAGACAACAAAAUGCGAGGUCAUCGUAAGGAGAUUCGAUGAUGCACAAAAGCGGCCUGAGAUGCGCAGAGCGAUAUCUGCUCCCCGAUAG